AUGUCAUCUUCCAACGAUACUAACCAAGAAUCCUACUACUACGCAUCCGACUUCCAAGGUCGACCUUAUCCGGUCUCCACUCGUGGUGGACGAAGUCAGACCUCCCACAUACCCGGAACCGCGAGUGGCACCGGCUAUGACCCAUCUUGGGAGGCUAGAGCUAGACAACUAGGUGCCGAUCAAACCCAUUUCUCGGGAUUAGCAGAUACGCAACAGCCCCAACCGCAGUCUGCUACCCCAUACCAGCCCCCGACGCCCGGUUCGUCAGAAGGGUAUCCAUGGGUAUAUACACCCGGACAUCCCGAUCUUACAGCAGAGUUGGGAAGAAUCACUCCUGCACCAAGUACGGGUACCGCACAAGCUCAUUUCACAGGCCAAGCUCCCAGUAUUCCGAACUCAUACCCUGUUGGGAAUCUUCCUUUAUCCAAUUUGGAGAGGUUCGGUCAUAGAGCCGCAUCGUACCGGGCUGAUGUUCAGACCAACCAACUAGUCGAUAUCGGGGAAUAUGAACGAAGUAAUAUGAACCCUUGUCGAUCGUCCAGACAUGGCACUGAGACAAAUAGGCCUUUCAAACCUCCUAAAAUCAUGAGAAGCUCAUUCUUGGGCUCUCACGGAAGAUAUUGGUUGGAGGCCGAUUGUGCAAGAUCUGGAACCUGCUUGGAGUACUUGGUGAAUAAUCGUAUCAUCUGGGAAAAGGAGGCUGAUACUAUUAGAACCAAGGCCAUCGAACAUAGAAACAGUCACAGAUCGGGAUGA